AUCACUUUCUGUUCAUUAUUUAUACGUCUCUUCCUUCUACGGUCAACACAAGUCCUCUCUGCUCCUCCUCCUUCUCUCCAAAACACAACCUUUUCCUCUGUUCCCCAAACAUGGCUUCCAUCUCUCAAGGUCUCGUCUUCACCUCCGCCAUGCUCUUCUCCACCACUCUCCUCUACCUCGCAUUUUCCAAGCACAAAACUUUUCAAAUUCCCUCAGAUUCCAACAAACAAAUUCUACGUUCUUGCAUGUAUUCAGAGGAGAAGAAAAGGGGAAGGAAGAAGAAGAAGAAGAAGGUGAAAUUUGCUAAAAAUGUGAUGGUGAAGGAAGUGGAGAGAGAGGUUGAGGAAGAAAACAGAGAAGAACAGGGGAUGCAAAACAGAGUAUCGAGAAGUGAGUGCGAAAGAGAAAAUCUGGGAAACGCUGAAAUUCCGGCGAACCGAAUUGCUCUGUAUAAUGGGAUUUUGAGGGACAGAGUGCAGAGAAUGGCGUGCUGUCACUGAUGAACUGAUGAGAUCAUCCUCUGUUGCUUCCUGUAGAUUCUGUAUUUCAACUUCAAACAGGGGAGACAUUUUUCGUUGCCAAUUUUUUUCAUUUUUUUUUUAUGUUUCCAUUUUAUAAAAUGUAAAAUAUACUAUGAAUAUUUAUAAAUAACUUUUAAU